CAGAUCAAUCAAACGAACACAGAUCGAACAAGCAAACUACAGCAGUGAAAAACAACAAUUUGCAGAAUUCAAAUAAUAAAAUAAAAUUAAUUUAAUUGAAAAUAAAAAUAAAAAUGGAUUUAAAUAACAGACCCCAUUAUUUCCGCAGAACAAUCACUGAUAAGCUGCAGCGCAACCACCGCUGCCACCACCACCACCACAGCUCACUUCUCCUCCAUGAAACUCACUAAAGCAAUCCUCAGACCACUCCGCGCCGCCGUCAGAGGCGGCGGUGUCUCUAUCUCCUUGUUCAGCCGCCGCCGCCGCCGCCUCACCGACGGCGGCAGCCAAGGGACAUCGUCCUCCGGGAAAAAGAGAGGCGGCGGGCGUUUCGAAAACCCAGAGCCGUCGUCGCCGAAAGUGACCUGCAUUGGUCAAGUGAGGGUGAAGUCGAAGAGGAGAGCGAAGCAGUCUCUCCGGAGCCUCUCCGGCGGAAGGCCGAUCGGAGAGGCGAGUUUCAGAAAGCCAGAGCAGAUUAUUACAUCUCACGCCGAUCGCCACAGAUGGGUUCAUCUGCCGAUCUGCGUCUGCGAAGCUCUGCGCGCCGCGUUCGCCGCGGCGGCGGAGUUCAGCUGCUGCUGCAGUAGUAGAAGAAGAGAAUGCUGUCUUCCGACCGCCGGCGGCGGUGGAAAUUGUGGGUGCUGGGCUGUUCUUGGGAGGUGGCUGGUGUCUGUGUUUUUUUGCGGCGGAGGAAGGAGGAGGAAGGAGAUAAUUGAGGUGGUGGUUGGCGGCGGAGUUACCGAGGUUAUUGUUAAGGAAGAUCACAAUCAAGAAGAAGAAGAAGCCAUUAAUACAACAAACGAGAACAAUGAAGUUUUGCUGAUGAGAUGCAGAUCUGAUGAAAUUAAUGAAGAAGAAGAUCAAAACGACGACGUACGAAAUGCAGAUUUCGAUGGAGUACGAGGUUUCGGAGAAGUUAAGGAAAACGAAGAAGAGGAAGAUUAUAAAGAAGAAGAUUCGGAUGAGUCUAACAUGUCUUCAUUUGAAGCUCUUCUGGACCAAGAAAACACAGAUCAAUUACCACGUGAUAAAAAUGAUGAUGAUGACGUCAUUUCAGACAAGGACACGUCAUCACCAUUUGUUGAAGAAGAAGAAGAAGCUAAACCAGAAGAAGAAGCUGCUGCCAUGGUGGUAUUGCCGGAAUGUUUGCUCUUGAUGAUGUGCGAGCCCAAGCUUUCGAUGGAGGUUUCCAAGGAGACGUGGGUCUGCAGCACGGACUUCGUGCGGCGGCCGGAGCGGCCGCAGAAGGCGGCGAACGCCGCCGCGAACGGCGGCGGGUGCUGCCACCACGGUGGGGGAGUCAAGAGGAGACAUUUGGUCGUUGAGUCCAAGCCGCCUACUACUGCUAAGCCGAAUGUCCCGGCGCCUCCGUCUAAGAAGAACGAUGGUCUCCAGCCGGCGCGGUCGUCUUGCUCUCUACCGGCGGCGGCGCCAUCCAUGGCGGCGGUGAUUGAGCAGAAGCUGGGGGCGGGUGCUGCGGGGUACGAGCCGUUUGCUCUGACGAGGUGCAAGUCGGAGCCGAUGAGGACUGCGGCGGCUAAAGUCAUGCCGGAGUCGUGUUUGUGGAAGAAUGGUGUUGUGGAGCCGGAGCCGCUCGGCGCCGGUGCCGGCGCGGCUGGGGUCGGGUUCUGAGCGGAGCUGUCAAAAAAAUAAUGACAAAUUGACAUGUCAUUUUGUACAGUACUUUUUUUAACCCUGAAAGUCUUUUUUUUUUUCUUUUAAUCUUUUCUGUUGUUUAAAUUGUUACUUUUCUCUACUUUUUUUUUUCUUUUUUUUUGUGGUAAAUAAAAUGAGCGUCUGAGAUGAAAUCUCAAUAAGAUCA